CAGCAAAUCAACCACGGCACUAGUGGUACUCACAUACAUACACACAGUUAGUGAGUGAUAUCAACAAGAACAAGAAGCAAUUAGUGGUGUGAGCGUAUCGUGUCGUGAACGUCGAACGGUACAUCUUUCACCCGUAUAUUCCGUAUUGCACAGUCAACAACGCAUAUGAAUGAACGGGGCCCUGACGCUAUGCCUUUACCUUUGCCGCUCUGUUAGUCUAGUGCCGUCGAAAAAUGCGGUGCGGGUGUGCUAUACUAGUGCUCCUCAUGGUAGCUGGAGUGAGGGCUCAAGAUGAUUCUUUAGCUGGAAGCUUCCUUUCAGGCUUAUUGGACACCAUAACGAGUACAGCCGAUUCGAAGGACUGUCCAGGAGUAUGUGUGCACACCUUUGCAACGAUCAUAUGUUACGACGUCCUGGAGAACGUAACCUGCCCAUCUUCCUCGAUGAAGUGCUGUGUGGAACCACCUCCGCCAAAUACCACGAACACACCAACAGUACCCACUGAUUCUACCACCACUACUACCAUGGUGACGACAACAGCGCUCAGUACGACUGUCACCACACUGCCCACAACUACCUCAAGCCAGAUAGCAGAGAAGCAAUCAAACAGCUCAACCACCAAUGACCAAGGAUCUGGUUGCAACAGCACACAAUUCAAAGGUGUCUGCGUUGCAGAAAAGAUCGCGGACUACUGCGAAGCGAUCCUAACUACCGACGGACUGUGUGAGCCGGGCCUUAGGUGUUGUGUUAGUAGUAACUCGUUCGGAGACAAAGUGCCCCCAAAUGUGAUCUUCCCCAACAAAACGAAAACGAACUAUACGAAGAUCGAGACUCGAACCACCCCUCGACCUGUGGGUACGACCAAUUUUAAGAAAGCUCCGCAACCUGCGAUUCAACCAACGUUGAAACCGUUGAAACAGUGCAAUGGUGAAUGUGUUAGUGGCUUGUUCGCGUUGUUUUGUGAUGAUAUUGACUCGGAAGCAGAUUGUCCAAAUGAAGGUAGUUGCUGCAUCACCAAUCCACCGAGUAGCGAAGAGACAGAACAUCUACCAGCACCUCCACCGUCUGCCCCACCACGGACCACGACUCCAAGACCGACCACACGUGAUCCAGGACCAACAUGUCCAGGCUUCUGUCUGCUGAACAUAAUGGCUGCUUUCUGCGAACGACCUUCAGUCCUCAUUCCUCACACAUCCAACUGCAAACGAGGAUCAGUUUGCUGCGACAACACCAGGUCAAUCACCUCACCGCCUAAGCACAAGCCCAAACCAUAUUUGCCACAAACUACUUUGCCUACCACGACAAUUGAUCCAAGACCUGAGUGCCCUGGUUCAUGUAUUGUCUCAUAUCUCAGCUUCACGUGUUUCAGGAAUGCUGAGAUGACUGAGAUCUUCAAGUGCAAAAAAGCAGCGACGAAGUGCUGUGCCCCUAAGUCGAUGAUCAAAGAAGCUCUCGGGCAGAAAGAGGAUUAUCCAUUGAAAGAAAGCACGAUACCGCCUAUUAGUAUUCAGUAUACGACACCGUCAACUGUUACAUUAACACCCAGCCCAACUACCGAGGCACCGAAGCCUCUAACCACAACUCCCAGGAGUCCAGCGGUAUACAGCAAAUACGUAUGUGGAGUGAAGGGUACUUCAAGGUCAGCUAGAGUAGUUGGUGGAGAGGACGGAGAACAAGGUGAAUGGUGCUGGCAAGUGGCACUCAUCAACUCUUUGAACCAAUACCUUUGCGGAGCUGCACUUAUUGGUACUCAGUGGGUACUCACAGCAGCCCAUUGUGUCACAAACAUCGUGAGAUCGGGAGACGCUAUCUAUGUAAGAGUAGGAGACCAUGAUCUUACGAGGAAAUACGGCAGUCCAGGAGCCCAAACUUUGAGAGUGGCAACCACGUAUAUCCAUCACAACCAUAACAGUCAAACGCUGGACAACGACAUCGCCCUUUUGAAGUUGCAUGGACAAGCCGAGUUGAAGGAAGGUGUUUGCCUCGUCUGUUUGCCAGCUAGAGGAGUCAGUCAUGCUGCAGGGAAGAGAUGUACUGUCACUGGAUAUGGAUACAUGGGAGAGGCUGGCCCUAUACCGUUGAGGGUUCGAGAAGCAGAAAUUCCUAUAGUUAGCGAUGCAGAAUGUAUAAGAAAAGUAAAUGCCGUCACGGAGAAGAUUUUCAUUCUCCCUGCUAGCAGUUUUUGCGCAGGAGGAGAAGAAGGAAAUGAUGCAUGUCAGGGUGAUGGUGGAGGACCUUUAGUGUGCCAAGAUGAUGGUUUCUACGAACUAGCAGGCCUAGUGUCAUGGGGAUUUGGUUGUGGUAGACAAGACGUACCUGGAGUGUACGUCAAAGUUUCUUCUUUCAUUGGUUGGAUUAACCAGAUCAUUAGCGUUAAUAAUUUAUAAUACUUGUUAUCUAUAGAGUGGAAACCAAAAAGUGCACGAAAACGUAUUUACUGAAUUUCACCAUGCGAUUUUACUUUGAGCUUUUCAUUUACUAUAUGUAUUACCGAAAUUUUGGAUACCAGCUCCUAACAAGCAGCAAUCUGCUCUAUUUUAUUGCAAAAAACGGAUGAUCUAAAUUUACUGUGAAACCGGUAGAUCUGGCAGCACUGUGCCGGAAUAACACGUCAAUCUCUCUGAAGCAUUUGACCACAAAACAAUCCAAAAAUUUACUUUAAAACUUGUCCCAAGGGGCUGUACUUCGGGCAUACAAGUCCCUACUGGACAUCAACUUUUCUUCAAUAACUUUUGGACGAUACUGUAUAACUCAACGAGGUUUUGAUAGCUUAGUGGCUAGUUUUGACCUCAUAUGUGAAUUUUGAAAAGGUUAGUGUCUCAUAGAUGGCGCUCAGCAUAUACUUGAUUACAGCGCCAUGUAUACCAAGAUUAACCUUUUAAAAGUAGAUUUCUAAUUAGUUCGUCUGGGAGAAACAUAUACCUAACUGUGGCAAAUUUUUAUAAAUGACGCAAAGAUAUCCCAUUUCAUCCUAGAUAUUUUUUUGAACGCCGAAACAGAGUACGUUUGGCUAUGUUCAAUAUAGCUAGUUUUUAUUCUUUAUGUGAUAUUUUUGUAGGAUGUUUUUUUGUGUUCCAUAUGCGUCUCAACAAUUGACAUGUUAUUCUGAAACACUUUGUAUAAAGUGAGAUUUUUUAGAUUCUCAGGGGAUAUCAUGAUGUUCCAGAAUAAUUGGAUGUCUUGACAUUUAGCAUUCGUCAUUAAUCCUAGAAACUGUCCACUCAAAAUGUUCCGGAAUUGAAUGCAAAUAUCUCAGAAAGCUUACAUAGUCGAACUUGGGGCUUUUAACAUGCAUAUCAAACAAAUGCAAAACUUUCUUCACAAUCGGCAGAUUAUUGAUAAGAAUAAUAUUUUUGUUUUUGCAUCCAUAACUUCCGUACCGUACCCGUAUGUAAAAUAAUCGCUAUGAUAGAGAUUGGAUCGCCAUAACUGUCACAUAACUCUAGCAGUGUAGCCGAACCGAAAAAGACGACUAUAAAAAAGCAUAUUUCUGUAUAACGAGCAUACACAACCACACAACACAGACUUUUUGAGAGAAAAUCAUUAACUAAAACUAGUACAAUGAGCUGCUCUUCAAGCUCCUUUGCAACCAUCCUGGAAACGCCUUUUCGUUCUUGUUCAUAAGAUGUGAAUAUUUUUCUGUUUCACCCCUGAACUUUAAACCUCAUCACCCGAAAUUAUUUAAUAUUUAAUUAUUAGAAACAGGCGGUGAUUUAGCAGUCUGUACGUCUUGUACGCACAAAAACCAAUACAGGGAAUGCGGAGUAAGGGAUGUACCUACAUAAUAAUUAUAGGCAACUCAAAUCUAGACUCCUCGAGUGCCCUACUGCCUAUGUUUACGCAUUUAUAUUAUUGGUAUGGGCCAUAAAACUAUAUAGACUACAACAAAGAAUUCAUUUUCUUCAGUUUUAUUUUUUUGUUUUGUUAGAAGUCUGGAAAUACCUUAAUUAUUUUAAAAAUCGUGGAAGUUGAAGGCGUUUUCGGUAAAUAAGGUCUCAUUUCGGUAGAAAUACUGAAAAAUCGGUAGGUUAGGCAACACUGCACUCGAGCUGUAUAGUCGCUAGCCCACGUCACACGUAAUCGCUGUGAACGCCACCUGUGCAGGAAUGACACAACGGCCUACAGUAUAGAACUUACAGACUAGACCAUGGAAGCUAUGAAUAGCCUCCGCUAGCGCCAUCUCUGAAGCAGCACAUAGCUCAAAUGUCUUGACGCUCAGGCAUCACUCACAACUUCCACAAGUGAAUGAUAGCUAAAGUCUGUCUAUCCAAGAAAGACAUUAAACCAAAACAAAACCAGUGCGUGAUCUUGAUACAUAUUCCAAGAAACGGAAAGCAUAACUAUUAUUGUGCGGAAUUGGUCGAGCCCAUUUACAGGACCGAUGUCAAACCAGGGAGGUGGAGUUUGAGACGACGCCCGGUGCAUGCAACCUCGGCGGCCACUGAUCAUGUGAAAUAUGCGUGAAUGUGUUUGGAUUUAGUUUCUUUCUUCGAUAGAUGGCGUAUAGUUGCAGUGACAAUUAUGGCUAUCAGAUCGCUGGCAUUUUACAGUUACGUAAUAACACCCUGUCCUUCGUGAGCGAGUUGACGCGAAAAUGAGUCUCUCGCGACGCAAAAAAUGUCGUGGACUAGAAAACUCGGCACCGCGAGGCGACGCUUACGUAGAGCAGGCUUAAACGUAGGGUUGAAAUUUCCACACCUGUUGCACCGGCAGUUUUACGCCGCCCAUGUAGGUCACCUGGUUAGGGAGCCGAUCCCUUAACAUUAAAAAUCACAGCACAUGAAAGAGAUCCAAGAAUGACGCUUAAUUGUCAAACUGCUGGAACUGAAAUCACGUCAGGUAGAGGUAGUUCAAGACAUAGGGAUCCUUUCCAAGAAAUAUUUCACUGUUUCUACGGAGUGACAGCAUUAUGUCGGUUAUACAGUGAGUUACCACGAAUACUAUGAGAGCAAACAUGUGGUGUAUGAAUCACUGGUAACAGUGGCUCGAUACUGCCCCUUCAGCACUUGGAAUCGCUAAUUACGCUCCCUGUGGUACUGGAGUUGUAUAAUAUUAAUGGUAACAUACUGUAUAAUUUUAUAUAUUGGAAAGUGAUUUGAUUCCUUUAAUAGUAGAUUGAAAACUCGCAGAUGAAAAUAUCUCAUCGAGUAAAAUCGUGGGUGAUGGACUUCUGUUUGUAAAUACUGAAAUCUAAAUUAUGAAAAAGUUAUUAAUUUAAAAUUGUUACCAAAUAAGCCUAAUCUGUACUAUUUGUUAUUUUUACGAAUAAUAAGCUAUAUCUUCCC